CCAUCCAAUCAUCAGUUAUCAAUCCUAUCGAACAUCAAUCAACCCACUAUGAAGACCAUAUUCGUUCUCGCUACUCUGGUAGCAUUUGCUACCGCUUCAGUGGUUCCAGAUAGUCGCGCCCUGAAGGACGAUUUCCAGGAAUUUGCUGAUUUGGUCCCACUCGAGAAAUUGGUCGGUGUGGCUCUUCGGUACCUUCUCACCGAUGCGGAGUUUAAGGAAUUCUUCGGCUACCUGCAGGGAGCCGAAUUCUCCACCGUUUGGGAUCAGUUCUUCGCCAUGAAGGAAGUAGAAGACGUGCUGAACUACCUGGAGGAUGCUGAUCUGGCUGUGUACGAUGCGCUGAACACGGUUGCCGAUUUCCUUGGAUUGAACCAUGUGAAGCCAGCCGUCAGGAGCCUGAACCCCCGUGGAAUGAACGGUUUCGUCGAUGAAAUUCUUGCUCUGAUGCCCUUGAAGGAAUUCGAAGCUCUGUUCGAGGAGAAGCUGAAGACCAGCGCUGAGUUCAAGGCAUUCUUCGAGAAGCUACGCAACCUCGAUUACACCAAAUUUGUUGAUCUCUAUCACAAUUCGAAGGAAGUCCAGUCCUUGCUCCAGAAGUUACGAAACUACGGAAUCGACGUAGAUGGGUUCCUCGAUCUUGUGUCCGGAUUUUUCGGUUGGGGCAAGUUCUAAUGAAAGAGUGUUUCUGGGCUUGUGUUACAUGUGAUAUUAAAAAGAAUAAAAUGAUGAAUAAAUGAAUA